CCUCCCUGCAGUGCAACAAUCUUACUGCGGUUACACGACAUCUCCUGCGUGGGGCAUCUCAACUAAACUAUCCACACUGCUGCUGCUUGAUUCUGGCAUCAAUACAACCAACAUGAUCUUCUCCGUCGGUGCAUUGGCCCUUCUGGCCCUGCAAUCAGUCCAUGCCGCGCCUUCACUCCAAAAGGCAAGCUCGAGAGGCGUCAAGGCAUCCGAACACACCCUCGCUCUGAAACCCGUAAGCGUCAAGCCAGGGAGCUCCAGAGAACUUCUAUCAAGAGUCGCCAAGGCCAAAAACACUACCCACAGCGCAUCGCUGAACGUCGUCGACGAAGGCGGCGCAUACGCCAUCGAAGCCAACCUCGGUGGCAAGAACUUUGAUGUGAUCUUCGACACCGGGUCCAGCGAUCUCUGGGUCUUCAAGUCUGGCGUCAAAUGCGUCACGGGUACUGGCCAUCCCGCAGCCGCUUCCCAAUGCGGCUUCGGACCGGAGUUCAAGGGAAACUUCCAGGGUGGCUCCAUCAAGAACGAGACAUUUUACAUCGCGUAUGCAGAUGGCGAGCAACUCAUCGGCACCCUCGGCUACGAGGAUGUGACCAUUGCCGGCGUAAAGGUGAAGAAGCAAGAAAUGGCUCUUGUAGACGAGGCGUAUUGGGAAGGUGACGGCACUGCCAGUGGUAUCGUUGGUUUCGCCUCCAAAUACCUCACCAAUGCCUUUCCGGGCACGAUGCCUUCCAACAACACCCAACCGCUGCACUACAACAACUUCAUCACGAACGCAGUCAACAGUAAAGCCAUCGAUCCCGUCUUUGGCGUCGUCCUCGAGCGCAACAACGGCUCCUCCAGCGUGACACUAGGCGGCGUCCCAGCCGCAUUUGCCAACGCGAAAUACGCAACGACGAAGUUGCAGAAGAUCGAAAUCUCCCCCCACCUUAUUGAGAAGACACAGUACACCUACUACACCAUCACGCCUGAUGGCGUUGUCCUAAACGGCGAGUCGAAAUCGACUUCCUUCGCAGGCAUCGUAGACACGGGCACUACCCUUCUCUACCUUCCAGAAGCGAUGGCGGAGGCCGUCAACGCCGCCUUCGACCCACCCUCACAGUACAUCAAGGCCGCGGGGGUCUAUGAGAACGAUUGCAACGCCAAACCGCCUACAUUUGGCAUCACAAUUGGCGGCACGACCUUCAACUUGACCUCCGAGGAUCUCCUGCCCACCGGCGCCGAAGCAAAGGAUCCCAUGACUGGCGGUUGCGUUGUCGGCGUUCAGCCAAGUGGAUCGACGUACGCCAUCCUAGGAGACAGGUUUUUGGUCAACACCGUGGCUGUCUUUGACAUUGGGGCGGAGGAGAUGAAGUUCGCUGCCCAUUCUUACUAGAUCGCGCGCAUGACUCUUCUUUUUUCCGAAGUAUGUAUGCCUAGACAUCAUUCUUCGCUACGGC